CAAAAAAUUCAACACACCAGCAGUGUGAGGAGACCUGAAAGUGGCACAUGGCAUGGCAGAGUGUGGCGAUGGAGACAGCAGCAAUGGGAGGCCGUACAGGGACCCAUGACAGACUCUGGACUGGGCAGCAGCAUGAGGAGGCGGUAUAGGGGCCCAUGGCAGAUUAGGGGCCUGGCAGCAGCUAUGGGAGGCCCGUAAUCUGCCAGCACCCUAUGUCAAAAAAUUCAACACACCAGCAGUGUGUGAGGAGACCUGAAAGUGGCACAUGGCAGAGUGUGGCGAUGGAGACAGCACAAUGGGAGGCCGUACAGGGACCCAUGACAGACUCUGGACUUGGCAGCAGCAUGA